UGCCGCGCCGCGCCGCACGUGUGUUGUCUCCGUCGUUUGUGGCUUUCGGGAAUCUUGGGCCGAGCAGUUGCCAUGCCAAGCUGUGAUGCAUCGGGAUAGGAUGCUUUCUAUGGUGCAUCUAUAAAACUUGAUAAGGACCUCUUGAAUACCGUGGCUCUUAAGACUGUAAUUGGAUUGGAAACACCCAGCGCAUCAUUCUGAGAGGUUUUAUGGCAGCAGAAAGCAUCGUCAGGUCUAAGCAGGCUGCUGAAGCCAUUGGUGGAAUCCUUACGGAGGUUGUGUGUACAAUAUUCAGUGAUCACAUCUUUGUGGUGGUCACACAGUAUGGCAAAAUAGGGACAUUGAUCUCUGUGACACCACAUAUUGUUGCAAAUGAGAUUGGCAAACCCACUUUUAGUACAAAAAUCUUAAUGGGGAAAGAUGAGCCUCUGAUCCACGUGUAUGCAAAGCACCUUGUAACGUUCGUGUGUGAGGAGUCUGGCAACAAACCAGUGCUACUUGCGCUAUCUCUGAAAGAUGCAAACUUGGACAGUAUUAAAUCCAUCAAACAGUUGAUUCAGAGUUGCAGACUCUGGUGAAAAUGUUUGCAAAAUGUCAGGGUUGAAACUGAUAAAAUGUUAGUAAAAGAAUACUGACUUUAUUCCACCUUGGUAAGGACAUCAAAAAAAAUGCAUUUUACAACUCAAAUAAGGUUUUUUUAACUAGAGGAAAUAUGUUGCUAAUUGGAAAAGAGGAGCACUCUUUAAAUCUUAUUUUUGAUCUUUUCGAGUUCAACAACGAGCUAACCUUUGUUUUCAGUUGAGGAAGACCACUGUAACAGUUUGCAGAGAAAUCAGUACCAUCCUGAUGGUAAUUAAGAGUGAUGUAUUCUUUGCUGUACCUGGGAAUGGAGAGUCCAGAUGCAACACUAAUUAUGGUGAGACAAUUGGCUUUUCAUUCCAGUUCCCAGUGUUCAAGAUGAAAAGAGUAGAAGAGAAAUGCAGAAAUGUAAAUUUCAAAAAUAUUGGAAUAAAAGUAUAUGGGGGUAAAGUCCAA